UUGUGCACUUGGUGAAGGGUGAUCAGGGCCUUAAACACCGCAACGUCAUUCUACGGGUAGGCGACAUGGGCAACGCAGUCAACAUCUUAAACGCUCAGCAUCUCUACGGUGAAGGUGGACCCUCAGCUGAAGAAUCCACCCAGGCUUAUGCGCCGCCAGAAACUUUAUUUGGAGGAGAAGCCUACUCGAAGGAAUUUCCCGAAAGCUUUGACAUGUGGUCCGUUGGGAUUGUCAUGAUGGAGUUAGUGCUGGGCACAGCCGAUGUGUUCAGAGUGGACUCGCGUGUGCGUGCGAUAAUCAAUCACCGCAUGGCCGAUAGAUCGGAACGGGACAAGAGAUCAGCGUGCAUGUAUCAGAUGAUGCAACGCUUCUGCUUUCACGCAUACGAUGUGUCGGACAAGCAGACAAAGAUGGAUAUAGACUAUUUCUCAAAUGCCAAGCUUCCGGCACUUUCCCAAGAACACAUAGUCAGAGAACAGACCGCACACCGCUGUAACGAUAGGACAUUGUACGAACAGCUCAGGAUAGCUGACACGUUGGGGGUGGGAUUCCCGACACUCAUGGGCACUGAUUUGAUUAAGCGUCUGCUGAGGUGGGAUCCAACGAACCGUGUGGCCGCUGACAAAGCUCUCACACAUGCGUACUUCACCAAUCCGAACGGAGAUAAACCGUUUGUGUGUUCACUGUGCGGAAAAGAGAUGGUUUUUAUGAGUGACUACAGACGUCAUAUGGCUGCUAAAGAAUGUAAUCACAGUUAGCCGUGCCUAGUAGUAACUCACAUCGUACGUGAAAACUGGCGUACGAUCGAAAUAGUAAAUAGUAAAUACACUCUUGACUCACCGUCUAAAAUUCUAAACACAGUCUACAGCGUAUACACUACAGUACAGCCAAAAUACAGUCUACACUCUACAGUCUACUUCACUCCCUCUCGUCACACAGUCGUCAGCCGUCAGGUCGUCAGUUCGUCACUAUUUACUACUAGAGAGAGAGUGGAGAGUGAUCACUCUACUCACUCCUGUCACAUGUAUAUUACUAUAUUUACUAAAUAAACAUUUA